AUGGCAGGCAACCGGAGUUACUCAACGGCCAGUGAUCUCAGCUUCUUCAGCAAUAACGGCCUGCCGACCCCCGGCCUCAGUCCGCCACAGUUCCCUCGAUAUCUUUCGCCAGCUCAGUUAGAAGCUCGCCCUAUUUCCAGACAAUCACCAUGUCCUGUUGAUCCUUCGAAACUGCACCCGCAGAGCCGUGGGAUCCCUUCUUGCAUAGCCGACGGGGCCCUUGAAGACGAGGAGACGGUAUGCAUCAAGCUAUUGGCUCACUUGAAAAAGCACUCUGCGGAUGACAUGCAGCCGCGAGAAACGCAGCUUGAGCUGCUGAGGAAGAGCAACGCCGCGGUGCGGCGACUACUACGCAGCAAGUCGAUUCAGACGGACUACACGUGCCAUCUGCUGCUGUCAAGCAUCAUCAAUCAUCUGGUCCGGCUAUGCGAAAGGCUUUGCCAAGGGCGACUUGACGAGUCGCAAUUCUUGUACGAGCAGGUGCAUUUCGAAGGCAUGCCCGGCUUUUUUGACACUCCAGUCCCGCAAAGCAGCGUCGCACUAGACCAGGAGUUGGCGGGCAAUCUCAUUCAAGAGGUGGCCUUUUUCACAACUGUAGUGGGCGAGUUUCUGAAAAGGAAACCCAUCUAUGGAUUUCAGCAUCUGGGGCGGCACGAGACAUUCCACGUUGAGUUAGAGCAGAGGCUGAAGAAGGCGACAGUCUUACUCCAGGCAUGA